AUGCUACCCACUACUCAAUCUGGAUCAUCAGGAAAUACUGUUGAUGAUUGUACAAUAUGCUUGAGUGCUCUUGCACAAGGCACUCCUCUUUUGACAUUGUCCUGUAGUCACAAAUUUCAUUUUCAAUGUCUAGCAUCGAACAUUAAAGCAAAAAAUAAAGAGUGUCCUUUAUGUCGUGCUGCUGUUGAGGAUUCGAUUAUUCAAUUAUUAGGAGGUCCUACUCAACUACCAUUGCAACAACAACAACAAAACCCAUUCGGAUUUCAAAUUCCAAGUCCAACUCCACCUCCUAUAGUAAGUAUUGUUCCCUCGGUCGAAGAUUUGGUCGAUGAGGUUGCUGUACGAGAACUUUGCGAUCGUCUCGCUUCUGCUCGUCAGGUUGCAAUUAAUUCAAUUAAUAAUACUGGCAAUCUUCCAUUGAUAACUGCUACAACAACAUUAGAAUAUGGAGCUCAAGUCUCGUAUGAAGAAUCAAAUAUUUACGGUCUUGUUACUCUUCAAGCACCAACUAUUAUCUUACCAGCAGAAGCCGGAUCGCUAGUUUCGUCUCGUGUUCCAAUUGAUCUUGUUUGUGUUGUUGAUCAAAGUGGAUCGAUGUCAGGUGAUAAAAUAGCCUUAUUGAAACAAACCUUGAUCUAUAUUGUCGAACAAAUGAAUGAAUUCGAUCGAUUAGCUAUUAUUUCAUUCAAUACUACAGCUUUCGAUCGUUCACAUGGUCUCAGACGAAUGAAUCAACAAAAUAAACAGACCUUGACUAAUGCGAUUAAUACUGAUAUAACAGAUGGAGGCGGUACUUAUAUCGGAAGUGGAUUGCAAAUGGGCAUCAACUUGUUAACUAGUCGCCAAACAAAAAAUCCAUUGAAUGCUAUACUUUUGCUUACUGAUGGUCAAGACAAUGACACUCAUGAUUACACACAACUAAUGCAAACUUUACCCAGUAGUGUUCAAUGUCACACUUUUGGUUAUGGGCCUGAUCAUACAGCCUCAUUAUUAGUACAACUCGCCGAGCAAGGAAAUGGAGGAACAUUCACUUAUAUUGAUGAACAACAUGCCAUAGGUCCUGCAUUCGCGAUGGCUCUCGGUGGUCUAUUCACAUGUAUUGCACAAGAAGUUCAUAUCAAUAUUGAAUUCAUCGGAGAUUAUAAGAUCACUCAUGUUCAUUCGAAAUAUAAAUAUGAGCCUGAGCAAUUACCUUCACCAAAACUUGAUGUUAAAUUACAUGAUUUGAAUUCCGAGGAGAAGCGAAAUUUUGUUUUUCAACUACACGUACCAAAAUUGAACAAUAAUGAACAAAAUGUUGAUAUGACUAGUCAAGAACCGAUGUCAUUGACACAAUCUUCAGAAGAAAUACAACUAUUUGAAAAUCAAAUCAUUGGUAAUGUGACCGUCACCUACAUUGAUCCGAAUACUCGUCGCACAAUAAAAACUGAUCCAGUUUCUUUCAAUUUAGUUCGAGAUUCUCAUCCUCCAACAGAUCUGUUUCGUGUCAAUCAUGAACUUGAUAUUCAACGAAAUCGUGUAGAAACCACACAUGCACUCGCACAAGCAAUGGCUGAAUAUGAUUACCGGAAAUCACGUGCUAUUCUCCAAGCUCAAAUUGCUCUUAAUCGUAUUCGAAUUGGUCGUGAAUAA